UACGCUGGCUGUCUGGCAAUGGUUAUUUAUGGAUAGAUGACUCUCCACUUAAAAGCAAAUCUUCCCAUAGUGCAAGUGGUGAUUAUUCUGUGUGCUUAUCAGACAACGGGUAGUGAGAAAACUGCUUUAAUCUGACAACUGUAGAAAUCAUGGCACUCAAGGAUACUAAACUGAAGUCUCUCCCUUCAUCAGCCAGGCCCACUCUGGCAAUGUUUCUUAUUCUUAUAGCAGCUGCGUGCAGUGCCAUCGAGCUGAACUGUUCUCAGCCCACCCAACCAGCCCUGCUGGAGGCUCUGACUCCGGUCUUUAACCUGAGCUCCAUACGACCCGUCAUGAACAUGACCACCAGCACCAACAUCACCAUAUACUUUACCAUGUAUGCGAUACUAGGAGUGGAUGAAAAGGCUCAACUUUUGCUCACUUACCUUUGGCUAGAUUAUAAGUGGAUGAACGAGUUUGUCAGCUGGGACCCAAUCAAGUGCGGCACCAACGUGUUAUCUCUUCCCAGAGAGAAGUUUUGGGUGCCAGAUAUUGUAAUCAAUGAAUUUAUGGAUGAAAACACAGCCCCAUUUGUCCCGUAUGUGUAUCUGUAUAGCAACGGUCUGGUGAAUGAUGCUCAACCAGUCAGAGUUGUCAGUGCCUGUAACCUUGAUAUCUAUACCUUCCCCUUCGAUGUACAGAACUGCACUAUGACUUUUGGCUCCUACAUCCACUUAGCGAUGGACAUAAAGAUUUUCCUAGGGAGAAAUACAGAGGAGAUCACAGAGUUCUCCAAGGAGGUGAUGACCACCAUGGGGGAGUGGGAGCUGUUGGAUAUCACCAGCCAAAAAUACAGCCAUGGCCUUAACGAUUACAUUGAUGAGAUUUCAUUUAAUGUGAUAGUGCGGCGCCGGGCUACCCUCUAUGUGGUGAACCUGCUGAUACCCAGCUGCUUCCUCAUCACAGUGGACCUCUUCAGCUUCCUGCUGCCUCCCCAGACUGUGGACCGGUCCUCCUUCAAGAUGACCCUCAUCCUGGGCUACACCGUUUUCCUGCUCCUCAUGAACGACCUGCUGCCUAUUACUGGAAACACCAUACCUCUCAUAAAUGUUUUCUUCUCUGUCUGCCUGGCUCUGAUGGUGGCAAGUCUACUGGAGACUAUCCUCAUCACCAACCUGCUGUGUGGCUCUGCUGACUUCCCGCCCGUUCCUCGCUGGAUCCAUGUGCUUGUUCUGCAAAUUUUGGGCCGUCUCAUUUGCUUGCCUCAGAAGACUAAAGAACUAAGAGAUUCAGACAUGAAACCCAAUGCUGCAUUGGCACAGCAAAACGCUGAUGAUGGGCUUCGAGAGAAGAGGGGGCCAGCCGUGGAGAACAAGGCCCUGCAAGAGCUGAGGAGCCUUGGCAGAGACCUCCAGGCCGUCCGCCUUCAGGUGGAGCAAAAGCUGGGUGGAAGCCAGAGCUCAGAGGAGUGGAUCCAGGUGGGUUUCAUCAUAGACCGCCUGCUGUUCCUCCUCUACAUCCUCUUCAUAUCAGUCAGCUUCUUUACCAUCAUCAUUAUCUGGGUGAACUCAUACAGUCGAUAGACAGCUGCUGUCUGUUUUAAUCGGCUCUCUUCAUGUAGCU